CCUGAGUACCUAUCAACAAUGUCAUGCGGCUGUGAGUGUGUUUCAUUUAAACCAGUAUGUCUUAGUAAUUUAACACUAAUUGAAAAUCACACGCACAGCUGAAAUUUUAACGACGAUCAAGGACUGUUCGGGAUUUUUCGUAAACAGACCUUUCAGGCAACAUCGGAUCCCUCAACACCUAAACAGGCUGCGGUUAUAUAGUGGAGUAAAGAUAGAUGACAUAAACGUCUUGGAGAAUUUGUGAACAACCAGUCGAGUAACAAACAACUGCAGAGGAUUGCUGAAAAAUAUCACGAGAUUGAUGGCGAACAUAGGAGUUACAUUUCGCGUUGAGUACGGUGUCGACUUGGGUCGUACUCCACCAUCUGCAUUAUCAUUGAACAUCCCGGAGUCGUGCACCGUAUUCAACCUCGUUCAGAUCGCUCAGGAGAAUAGCGAACGGCACUCGUUCAAGUACAGAACCUAUCCAGAUAUCGGCGCGGAAAUCACGACAAUCGAUGGGAUCGAAGAAGAUCCCAUUAACGGCAUCUAUUGGUUCUUCUACAGCCCGUGGAAUAAACUGAUUCCGAAGGGAGUCUCGAGCCAUAAACUUAGACAUAAUACGACGGUCGUCGCUCGAUACGAACGCUGGACUCGCACCGAUCAUUCCAGGCAGAAGGCACCAAGAAGACAGUUCAUGAACAUUAAGCCGAGGGCAUCGAAGACAAACGACGCGAAAAAUAGAAAUGACAAGAAUAAUAAUUCGACGAAGAACGGAAAUGGUAGCAAGUGAACACCCGUUUGAAUCUCAGUAGACUUUUGGAAAUCAAGGUUUCAUCAGUAUUCGAAUGCCUUUCACCGAGAAUUUCCUUGAACUAUAGAGGAAGCAUGAUUUAGUGAAGAUUUUUUUUACUCAUUUAUAUUUACAUACUCUUUUGGACAUGACGAUAUUAAUUAAUACAAGGAUACCAGUAAUAAAAAAAUCCAGGUAUUAUCGAUAAUAUGAAAAAAAAGUUUAGAUUCGUAGGGAUUUUGUAUAGGGAGAAAAACCAAUCAUAACGAGUUAGCUAGAGUACACUUAGCCAUGCAUACAUGUAAGGCCUACUUCAGUACUAAUACGGUUAGUAGGAAAUAUACAGCCACUGAUAAAUUUUAACCCAUUUUUGACUUUAUAAUAGGUUUACAAAUUGUACGGUAGGGAAAGCUAUGCAAUCCAACCGUGAGUGCAUGGUAUGCCAGUAUAGAGACAGCAGACUAUAUAUAUAUUAUUAUGACCCGUUCAAAUUCAUUGCCCUUUUUACUGGUUAUUUUACCCAACCCAACAGGAAUAUAAGCUCUAUAUGUAUAUGCAGUUAACUUUGCAAAUAGAUCGUUCAGUCAUUAUGCACCAUGCAGUUAUUUCAUUUGAAUGGAAAUCUAAUAUUAUACGUUUCUUUGUCAAUCAUGCUAGCGAAAUUUUGAUAUCGAAAAAUUUGUGAUCAUCUGUAUGUAUAUAUGU